CUUGUCUAUGGAAGAAAGGUGAACUCUGGGUUAACGGAUGCCGAAUUCCAAGAGUUCCGACAUGUCGGUCGGCUCUGGCACCAGUUCGUGCGCGAUCCUAUCCAUUUCCAGCCUACACUUAUCCAGCCAUGCGAGACGGCCAAUCAUGUUCAGGAAGAGGAUGUUUCGAAACAAGCCAGCGUGUCAGGUAAUGCUGCGAUUAGAUCAUCUACUACUCCGUCUAAGCGACGCCAGGAUGAGGAGCAAGAGAGCCCGAUUGUACGGAUCAUGGCGGCACGGAUGGCGCCUGCUCGAACUCAGUGGUGAUGCGUAUGGGCCAAACGAUGGAGAUGCUCCAACGGAUGUAUGGUGCGAAUGCCCAGUAUCGAAGCAGUGGGCAGCAGCAGGCUAUGAAGUAUAUUAUGGAGGGCAGUGGCCAGGUCCUGGCGAUCUACGGAUCAGUGAGGGAAAGAGUCUUCUUCAUCUCCUUUCCUGUCAACUCCCUGGUAUAACUCAUACAGCAUCUCAAUAAAUAUCAUGCAUAUGCAAUUGAGCCCAAUGACUUCAGACGAACCGUAAACGAUAGAUAUAUUUAUGUGAAUGAACGUGCCUAUGCAACUCAUUUUGGAUGCCUGCUUUGCGCUCACCACUUCGCGUUACUACUUGAUUUGAAGAAGCACUAUGAGCUGAUCCAUACUAACGCAUUAAACAAGAAUGAUUGUGUUAUCAGUGAUCAUACCGUCAUAUCUCAUGCCGAG